UUCUAUUGGUUGAUUGUUAGCCAAUAAGGGUAAGUGUUGUUCGCCUCUCCCUGUGUCCAUGUGAGGAGUAGUGCUGCCUGCUAGCAACCAGCUAAAGAGAAAACAUGCUUCGUCGAGAGGUGAGACAAAGGCGAGAGUACCUGUACAGGAAGGCGCAAGAGGACAGACUCCGAACGAUUGAAGAGAAGAAAGAGAAGCUGAAGGGUGCCCUAGAUGAAAAUCGUCUCCUUCCAACUGAGGUACGCAAAGAGGCUCUGCAGCUACAGAAACUACUGGAAUAUGACGAUGAAGGGGCAGAAGGUGUCAGCUCACACAUGGAUGAUGAGUAUAAAUGGGCCGGAGUUGAAGAUCCCAAAGUCAUGGUCACCACAUCCAGAGACCCGAGCUCCAGACUCAAAAUGUUUUCCAAGGAAGUAAAGCUGAUGUUUCCUGGAGCCCAGCGCAUGAACAGGGGAAACCAUGAGAUCGCAGCGCUGGUGCGAGCCUGCAAAGCCAACAACGUCACCGACCUCGUCAUCGUGCACGAAACAAGAGGACAGCCGGAUGGCCUGGUGGUGUGUCACUUGCCAUUUGGACCCACAGCCUAUUUCACACUUUACAACGUGGUAAUGAGGCACGAUGUUCCAGACAUAGGCACCAUGUCUGAGGCCUACCCACACCUCAUUUUUCACAACUUCACCUCACGGCUAGGCAAGAGAGUAUCGAAUAUCCUCAAGUAUCUUUUUCCAGUGCCGAAAGAGGACAGUAGGCGUGUAAUGACGUUCGCCAACCAAGAGGACUUCAUCUCUUUCAGACAUCACACCUACAAGAAAACAGACCACAAGAACAUUGAGCUGACAGAAGUGGGACCCAGGUUUGAAAUGAAAUUGUACAUGAUCAAACUCGGCACCCUGGAGAACGAGAGCACAGCAGAUGUGGAGUGGCGUCACCAUGCAUACACACACACGGCGAAGAAGAGGAGGGUCCUCAGUGUGCAAUAGGAACUAAUAAAGAAUAACUAAACCGUUGUCAAAAACUGCUUUUUGGACUGUUUUUCAAAACGCUAAAUUCUAUACAUUGGUCCUUUUUAAAAUGAAAAGUGAGGUUUUGUACCCUACCAAGUAUAAUAAGUUUAAGUCAAGGGUUUCCCAUAGUCAAUCAUAAUGGUCACCAUUAAUUAACAAGCAAUCAAUCAAACUGCAUCAUAGCCAUCAUGAGUGACAGUAUUUUUCAAGUAAAUUGAGGUUGUUUUUUUUGUUUGUUUUGUUUUGCAAACUCAUUGGUUAACAGACACCUAAUACAUACUGUAUUGUGUGUAUUAUAAUUAUUUUAUAAUAAAAUUUGUUUCUUAUGA